AUGCGUUCUUUGGUUAUACUUGGCAUCUUUGCCAAAGCUCUAACCGUUGUUGCGUCACCAGCUCGGGAACAAGACCUUUCAACCUAUGUGAACCCCUUCAUUGGCACAGCGGGACCUGAUGGAACCGGCGCAAACUCUGGAGAUACGUUCCCCGGUGUCUCUGUGCCAUUUGGCGUCGUGAAAAUUGGCCCAGACACUACGGAGAUGAACCCAAGCACAAACGCUUUUGCUGGAUAUACGCCUGAUGGAAACGUCACUGCAUUCACCUGCUUCCAUGAGUGUGGCAUUGGUGGAGCCUCGAAGUACGGUGUUGUCGGACACCUGCCGCUUACAACUCUCCACGGAGUCAAUGUCCUCGACAAUUCCACAUACCAGCAACCUCGUGUGGCAAUGGACAGAGCUUCAGUUGGGUAUUAUCGCUCCGACUUGGCAAACGGUGUCAAGGUAGAGCUCACUGCAUCCAAUCAUGCAGGAUUCAUUCAGUACACUUAUCCAGAAGACGCUGAGCGCAUCGUCCUCUUCGAUGUGUCGCACAACUUGCCCUCUUUGGCCGAAUUCGUCAAGUCCCAGUCAUACAGCAAUGGUCAUGUUGAGGUCAAGAACAAAGGUCGGAGAGUACAGGGCUGGGGGGUUUGGAGAGGCGGCUGGGGAGGCACAGGCAUCAAUUGGGGAAUUUACUUUUGCAACGAUUUCGACUCUGCCCCUUCAACCUGGCAAUACUUUUCCGGGCCGUGGAAUGCUCCAGAUCACCCCCCUAGUCCUUCAACGCCAGUGACCUGGGGCAACGCAACUACAAAUCCAAACGGCGUCCUAGGAGGGCCGGAUGGUGACGAGUCCGGCGAUAGAGUUGGCGCCUUAUUCAUGUUUCCAUCUAAGACGAAGGUUAUCAAGUCCAAGAUUGGGGUGUCGUUCCUUUCCGUUGAGAAGGCCUGUUCGUUUCAGAGCGAGAUCCCGACUUGGACGAUGAAUAAGACUGUCGAGGCGACCAAGAGGCUGUGGAGUGAGGAGGUCUUCAGCAAAAUCUCCAUUCAUGAGCCCGUUAAGAAUGAAUCACGCCUGACUCUCUUUUACUCUGCGUUGUACCGCAUGCAUCAGAUGCCGUCUGAUCGGACGGGCGAGAAUCCGGACUGGACAUCCACCGAGCCAUAUUACGAUGAUUACUACACCCUUUGGGACACGUUCCGCUGCCUCAAUAGCUUCUAUCUUCUGAUCCAGCCGCAGCGAGGUAUCGACAUGGUCCGUUCACUGAUUGACAUUUGGAGGCAUGUCGGAUAUAUGCCAGACGGCCGCAGUGGGAAUCACAAUGGCAAGGUGCAAGGCGGUAGCAAUGCCGAUAAUGUGUUGGCUGACGCGUAUGUGAAGGGCUAUACAGGCGGUAUCAACUGGAAAGAUGGAUACAGGGCUGUAUGGACCGACGCAGAAGUUGUUCCGCCCCCCAACAAUGACCCGGAAGACUCAACCUGUACGGAUAAUCAGGGUCGAUGUGGGCUCCCGGAUUGGAUCAGACUGGGAUAUGUGUCGACAACGUUCUCAUCGAGUAUCAGUCGCACAGUCGAAUAUUCUCUCAAUGACUUUGCCGUGAGUCAAAUAGCAAAGGGUAUUGCGCCGCAUGACUAUCAGAAGUAUUUGAAAAGAUCGAGCAAUUGGAAAAACCUCUGGAACCCGGAAAUUAACCAGUAUAACACGUCAGGCUUCCUCGGUCCUCGUAGCCCCGAUGGAACAAAGAUUACUAUUGGCCCACAAGACACGUCUUUCACGACUGAAGGACUGCCCUGGGAGUACACUUGGACCAUACCAUUUGACAUGCAAGGGCUGAUCGAACAAAUGGGUGGUAUUGAGGCAACUGAGAGGCGACUGGACCUCAUGUUCGUCCCCAAGCUGCGAACAGUGGACCUGGGUGUGGGAGUUGCAUCAGGAACAACACUCUUCAAUCCAGCUGUGAACCAGUCCCGCGUCAAUAUUGACGGUAACUACUUCACUGGAGCAAACGGUCUUCCUGGGAAUAGUGACGCUGGCGCCAUGGACAGUUGGAUGCUAUGGCAAAUGCUUGGCCUAUACCCGGUGGUCACACAACCGGUGUAUCUGAUUCUCGCGCCGUGGUUCGAGGAUAUAUCGAUUUCCGUCAGCGGUUCUCAUACCCUUCGUAUCAAAGCACGGGGAUUGUCCAACGACAGCUUCUUCGUCCAGAGUUUGAAGGUGAAUGGGAAACCUUGGAACAAGAGCUGGCUGGAGCAUAGUGACAUCGCGAACGGUGGACUUUUGGAAUUUGUUCUGGGCCCUGAACCAAAGUCGUGGGAUACUGGAGAUGUUCCACCGAGCCCAGGACAUCAUUAG